AUCGAGUCAACGCUCAACCGACACUCAAAAGUUGUGUUUCACAACAACUCCAAGGCCACUAUCGGCUGGAACGCUUAUCUUCAGCCCUAUCAGCACCUCUGAGGCCAGACUGUCAUGUUCACGGUACCCGAAGGGAAAGAAGUGAAGGUUGGAGUGUUGGGAGCAACAGGGACAGUGGGCCAGCGUUUUAUCACCCUUCUUGCGGACCAUCCGUUCUUCAUCAUCCAUGCUCUCGGUGCAUCAGUACGAUCGGCGGGAAAAACAUACUCUAAAGCGGUUAGCUGGAAACAAACAUCGCACAUACCUUCGAUCGUUCGCGAGAUGAUGGUCUACGAGUGCAAACCUGAACAUUUCGCUGAAUGUGCAGUGGUCUUUUCUGGCUUAGAUGCAGACGCCGCGGGUGACAUAGAGUCCGCUUUCAGAGCGGCUGAUCU